AUGGACGAGCCCUUGUUUGGCGGGACCAGCCGGCGCGACCUGGUGAUCGAGCGGUUCGGCAGUGUGUACACUGUCGCGGUUGCGGUGCUGAUGCUGACGCUGUCGCUGGUGCGGGGCGUGCAGACCGGCGUAGCCCUACAUGCGCUACUGGGCGUAUGCGUGGUUCUGUUCGCCGCUGUGCAGAUGCAGCUUAUCAAAUGGUACCGCCUGGGCGACCUGGAGCCCAAGUUCCGGUUCAUCAUAUUCGCCAUGGCAGCCGCCCUGACAUUGCUGAGCAUCGUGGCCAGCCUGUAUUUCUUGUCGUGA